CAAAAAGAACGAGGCCAGCCACGUAUCUCUUGAACAGGUUGCCUUAAACAGGCUGUGUGCUGCAUAAUGCGCUGCAAUUCGUGGUCCGAAUUUCCCGCGCUGUCCUGCAGAUGUGAUGUCAAAUGACGCUGCAUGCGCGUCCUCGACAGCUUUCGGCUUGGAUACAGGAAGAAGACGAGCGCGGUGGAUCCAAACUACUGUUUGGGUAGUAAUGGAUUCCUCCGCAGCCAGCAAGCGACCCAGCACCACACAAAGCCCACUAAAAAGUGGCACUAAGAAGAAAACAAAGGUUUUAUCAGCGGCAUCUCGUGAGUCGAAAAGAAAUUAUGACCAAAGCCGGGCAGGCACCCAAAUACACAUCGGGUACGCGUUCGAGUCAUGGAGGCAGCUUCGACUUGAGCUGGGACUCAAAACAGAUGCUGACAUGGCUCAUUUCCUAGUGACCAGGUAAGAAAACAUUAUAGGUCAUGUUUAGAGCUUGAUCUGAAAAUCAUAUGAGAUCACCGAGGAGUCGGGGUGACCUAACAUGCAAAGUAGCGUUAGCUGUAAACAUGUAACUUAGUCCACAGCUGAGUAACACUGAAUGGUUACAGACGGCACAUUUUCCACGGCCCUUUAGUCUGAAACCGAAUACUGGUAGUUAGAAUUAUGUCCCUAUAUCGGACCAAAAGCCCAAGCUGUUAUCCGGGAACUGACGUUAGCAGCUGGCUGUAGCCACAUGCUAACGGUUUUGUUUGUGUCUGUGUAGUAAUAUUAGCCGCUUACACACAGCAAUCCCAAGACUUUCAGACUGCAUCAACCAUAAUGGUAAAAAGCUAGGGUGGUCGAAUCCUUUUUGGGGUGGUGGUGGUGGUGGUCCCAACUCAUCGAAAGAGUUUUUAGCAUUUAUUUGUCUAAAUUUGACCUGUGUUGUACCUUCCACACAAGAUUUUUCCAGACAUUAUACAUUACGUUGUAUGUAUAGCAGAAGAAAAUGUUUGUAAAAGUGACACACAAAAUUACCAAAUUACUGACUGAGUCACUGAUAUGUAUUUUGAUAUUAUUAUUGUUGCAGGCAAAAUUAUUUAGCCAUAGUUGUUCUGUCCAAACAGAAAAGAGACUAAGGUAGCAAAGUCACAGCCAGCUUGUUGACAUAUGCGUGCUGACUCAGAAUGUAAAAUUUUAAAAUAUUGAUGUUUUCCAGCUACCAGAAGAAGCAACCUCCUGAAGCAGCUAAUCAGGGAAGUAGGGAGAUGAGAGCCUCAACACCCAGCAAGCGAACAGCUGCUAAAAUCUGUCAUCACUUAUCCCCAAUUGAACCAGUGUCUGAUGGGGAAGAUAUUCUAAUGGCUGGUGUUGAGGCAAUGGCUGAGGACCAAGCUUUGGAUCCUUUGGAAGAAAGUUUCAAAUCCAUGGAUCUUGCGAUGGAUGCUGUUAUAGUGGAUGAGGAACAAGCAAACAACUUACUCAACAGUGUAAUUGAACUAGAUGUAAAUGGUUCAAAUCCAAUGGACAGUGAUUACGUGCCACCCAUCUGUGUACGAGCUGCUGGUGGUUUACAGAGUGCGAUUGAUGCUCUACCCAUCGUUGGGCUUGAUGAAUCUGUCGUUGACAUUCUUAACCGCGAUGACGAAACAGAUGAAGACCCUGACAACCCUGAGUCAGAUGAGGAGAAAGACAACGAUGUGCCCUCCUUCCCCGGUCCAGAGAAGGUCUCCGUUGAAGAUGACCUAGUUGACCAGCCUGCAUGCAUCGCCUUCAACAGCAGCUUGGCAAGAAUGGUCAAUUUCCUCCAGCUACCUAUCAAAAAAUGUUACUAUAGGGAAGACCAGAUGGGUACAGAAUGUGAUGCCACUCCACCGUUUCAGGUCAAAUUCCUGAAAAGGGGAAGUGCUACCAUUAUUGAGUGGUUUUGCAUUCAUGGGCAUAAGCUGUGGAAAUGGAACAGCCAGCCUGUCCUGAAGUAUUCCAUGCAAGGAGGGGACUUCAUGGUCGCCACAAACAUACUCCUCUCUGGCAAUAACUUUUCAAAGAUUGCCCUCUUCUUCUGGUAUAUGAAUAUUGGCGUAGUGUCUCAAAAAUCAUUCCGACUAAUGCAGAGCCAUUACUUCAUUGACUCUAUAAAAGAGUUUUGGGAGGAGAAGAAGAGAGCUGCCAUCAUUGACCGCUUGCGUGCAAAGGACAGUGUUGUUGCCCUAGCUGAUGGAAGGAUGGACUCCCCAGGACACACUGCCCAGUACUGCACUUAUACCACUAUGGAAAAUGAGUCCAAGGACAUAAUCAGUGUUGUUACUGUGGACAAGAGACAAACCAACUGUAACAGUGUGAUCAUGGAGAAGCAUGCCUUCAUACAGACGUUUGACAGCCUUUUGGAGAACCUGAACAUCACCGAGAUUGUCACUGAUGCACACAUGCACUUUGCAGCACUGAUGGGAUAUGUGGGUGGGGGUGCUUUAUCAUGUCACAGGGAAGCAUGAAUGGACCCGUGGCAAAUGUGACCAUGGACCACUUGUUGAGGCGACCCAUGAUAAAGAGCUCAUGGUGCCAGGCUCUGCACCACGAGGCUCUUAAACGAGUCAUGUUCAACAGACGCUGGUUGAAGGAUGUCGCGAAGUAUCUGACCUUUCGGUCAACUUCGGAACUUGAGUUUCCAGAAUUGCAUUCUCAUGUAUGCUGGAAAAAGAGAUGUUUCAAGCGAGCCUUAUGCCCAAGAGGAUGGAGUCCCAUUAGACUACAACCACCACAACCAUCGACCAGAUUACAUCGGCCGGAAUAACGAGAAAUCAUACAAGAGACUGUACAGCAAAAAGUCACAAAAUUACCGUGUCCGAGCGGUAAAGGUUGCAAAGGACUAUGGCUACAUCCCUGAGCUGCAGCGUAUGCAUCCUAAGAAAGCGUAUGGAUGGAGGGGCGCUCCCAAGAAAAGCAAAACGCUGGCCGGGUGACCCAAGGCAUCUUGGAAAUCUUGCAGGAGUUGUGCCCCCCCCCAACGGCAGAACUGGUCCAGAAACAGAUUCGCAGAGGACAGGCCUCAGCUACAUGAAGCAAGAAAAGAGAGAAGACAAGACCUGCUUAUUUUCCAAACAUUUUUUAUUAGGUGCAUGUAAAAAACAAAAACAAAAUAAAACUAUGUACAUAAUGCAAAUUUUAAAAAAUACUCCCUGAAAACUUUGAAAAUAAAUAUAUAUUGCACAUAAACUGUUUUUAUUUUUGGAUAAAAGUGGAGUCUG